CCCUGAGACUCCCACCCCACCCCAACCCCCUCCCACCUCGCGCCCUUCUCGCGCGCACGGCCGGCGAGCCAAGGAGGAGGGCGCGGCGCACGCAGCGCGGCAUCCAUCACCCACCCCCAUCUCCGUUUGAAUCGAAUCGAACCCCGAGGCCUAUAAAUGGCAGGAAGACACCGCAUACCUCGCGAAUACUAUGAUGAACCUCGAGGGUUUCGUGAUGGCCCUCCUCCACCACUUGCUCGACCAAGGCCCAUCUCUCCACGUCGCUUGGAGGAGCAGCUGUCUAGCCGUCGUGCUGAUACACGCAGAAUCCGUGAUGACAAUCAGCGCCUAGCUGAUGAAAUUGUUGGUCUCAGGCAAGCAAUGCCUCGUCUGAAGGGAGAUCUUGAUGCUGCAAGUCAAGCUAUACCCAAGCUUCGUGCAGAGAAAGAACUUGAGUCAAGGGAGCUGACUCAAAGGAAUCUGAAGUUGGAAGCUGAGCUACGUUCCUUAGAACCCCUUAGGCAAGAUGCCUUACAGCUACGGUCUGAAGCUGGGAAAUUACAGUCAAUAAGGCAAGAGAUGACUGCAAAGGUGCAGGGGUUAUUAAAAGAGCUUGAGCAUCAAAAUUCUGAAAAUCAGAAAAUACCUGUCAUGAUAGCUGAACGUGAUGGUCUUCGGCAGGAACUAAUCCGAAUGAGGGGAGCCCUUGAGUACGAGAAAAAGGCAAGGCCGGAGCUGACAGCACAGGUGCAGGCAAUGGAGAAGGAUCUUGUUGCUAUGGCUCAGGAGGCUGAGAAGCUGAGGGCCGAGAUUGAGAAGAGAAAGGCUCCCAGUUUCAGCGGCCAUGGAGCUUAUGGACCACCAAUGGCGACUCCAGGGAUGGGUCUGCAAGGCGUCUAUGAUGGUAGCUAUCCUUCCAUAGGCAGCCGCUAUGGCACUGGACCUUGGACACCACAUGACCCACAUGGUUAUCCACACAUCUAACUGGUUUUCUGAUCAUCGUUCUUCCCCGGGCAGUGUUUGAUCUUCACAAUAUCGCUUGAUGGUUGAUACCGAUCUUGACAAAGCUGUUCCCUCUGUCGUAAAACUUAUGUUGCACAGUAAGUGAUCUUUUGGGAUGCAUUUCGAGUGUUGUUAGUUUAGCACUUGCGUUACAUAGCAAUAUAGUACCAUCUAUGAUUGCCUUGGUACCUUUCGUUCCAUCCGGAAAAUGUAACAGAUGUUUCCUGUAAGAGGAAAUUCAUUACAAUGAACAGGAAAAUUGGUGAAUCUUAAGCUCUACAAAAUGCAAGUUUGCAUGUGAAUGUAACGAAGGGAAAUCAGCGGGGCUGAGUGUUACUCACGAGUUGUCUCUUCCAAAUUGCAAGAGCGAAUACUUGGUAUCUGUAAUGUGCAAUAUCAUGAGCUGUGUUUCCUGAGCUGAGCUGAUGUUUAUAUAUUCUGCACUCCAGGUAAUUGAUUUUGUAAAUGGAUAUCUACUAGCAACAGGCAGUGCAGA